CAAAUGACCAGGAUUGCUUGCUCAAGAAAACCAUUAAGUACUAAAAGUUAAAUUUUUAAAAAUUAAAACCAUUUGUUUCAUUAUGCAAUACACAAAGAGUUGAAAGUGUAAAUAUUUCCGUGGUCAUAUUCCGGAUAAACUACGCUCUCUUCUGCACGUGAAAACGCGGUCGUUCGGAGCUCGUAAUUGGUGGUUCUUUCCCAAAUCGGAAGGACCUUGAAGCACCUCUGUUAAUCUGCUGGGAUUGUUUCUCAGAGUCAAUAUUAAAAUCCAGUAAACAUCUUGAUUUGAUUCCACGAUUCAAUCAUGGCGACCGCCUCAGUGGCAUUCAAGUCUAGGGAGGAUCACAGGAAACAACUGGAAUUGGAAGAAGCUCGUAAAGCUGGGCUUGCUCCUGCGGAGGUCGAUGAAGAUGGCAAAGAAAUUAAUCCUCACAUUCCUCAGUAUAUGUCAUCGGCGCCUUGGUAUCUCAAUGCUGAGAGACCGAGUUUGAAACAUCAAAGGAAAUGGAAGUCGGAUCCGAACUACUCCAAAUCUUGGUACGACAGAGGUGCCAAAGUAUUCCAGGCUGAGAAGUUUAGGAAAGGUGCUUGUGAAAACUGUGGAGCAAUGACCCACGAUGCUAAAUCCUGUAUGGAGAGGCCUCGAAGAAUUGGAGCAAAGUGGACUAACAAGUCUAUUGCUCCCGAUGAGAAAAUAGAAACCUUUGAGCUUGAUUACGAUGGUAAAAGGGACCGCUGGAACGGAUAUGAUGCAGCAACAUAUGCUCAGGUCAUUGAAAGAUAUGAAGCUAGAGACGAGGCCAGAAGGAAAUAUUUGAAGGAGCAGCAACUUAAGCAGUUGGAGGAGAAAAAUAACAAACAAAUCAAAGAAGCUGGGGAAAGUGACGAUGAGGAUUUUGAAGAUGCUUUGAAAGUGGACGAAGCUAAGGUUGAUGAGAGCAAGCAAAUGGACUUCGCAAAGGUUGAGAAACGUGUGCGUACCACUGGUGGAGGAAGCACUGGAACGGUUAGGAAUUUGCGUAUUCGAGAGGAUACUGCAAAAUAUCUUCUUAACCUGGAUGUCAAUUCUGCCUACUAUGACCCUAAAACUCGGUCUAUGCGUGAAGAUCCUCUUCCCGAUAUGGAUCCAAAUGAGAAGUUCUAUGCUGGAGAUAAUCAAAACAGACUAAGCGGUCAAGCUCUGGAGUUCAAGCAGCUAAAUAUUCACGCUUGGGAAGCAUUUGACAAAGGCCAUGACGUUCACAUGCAAGCUGCUCCCUCUCAAGCUGAAUUACUGUAUAAAAAUUAUAAGAUCAAUAAGGAGAAGUUGAAGGGUCAGACCAAGGAAAGCAUUGAGGCAAAGUAUGGUAAUGCUGCUGCUGUAGAGGAACUUCCAAAAGAACUUUUACUUGGUCAAAGUGAAAGAGAAGUUGAAUAUGAUCGGGCUGGUAGGAUCAUAAAGGGUCAGGAGGCAGUGCUUCCUCGAAGCAAAUAUGAAGAAGAUGUUUACAUCAAUAACCACACGAGCGUCUGGGGGUCUUGGUGGAAGGAUCAUCAAUGGGGCUAUAAGUGCUGCAAGCAGACAAUUAAGAACAGUUAUUGCACUGGAGCUGCUGGUAUUGAAGCAGCCGAAGCUGCUGCAGAUCUCAUGAGGGCUAACAUUGCCCGAAAAGAGGCUGCUGAAGAUGCGCCAGCUCCAGUGGAGGAGAAGAGGCUAGCCACUUGGGGAACUGAUGUCCCUGAUGAUUUGGUUUUGGAUGAAGGAAAAUUGGCUGAAGCACUCAAGAAGGAGGAUGCAAGGAGAAGGGAAGAGAAAGAUGAAAGGAAACGGAAAUACAAUGUGAAGUGGAAUGAUGAGGUCACUGCUGAGGAUAUGGAAGCAUAUAGGAUGAAGAGAGUGCAUCAUGAUGACCCAAUGAAGGACUUUCUGAGCUGAAAUCAUCACGAGAUUCACCAGUGCGUGUUUAUUGGUAGAUUUUUUUUAUAAAACCUAUCAUAAUGUAUGUCUGUCUUAUUUCGUUCUGUUGGGAAGGCAGUGGCCAGGUACUAAACAUGUGGCAUCUUUGUGCCUAAAGCUGUGUCCGUAAAAGUCGAAGUCUGUUGUAUAGUAUGAGAAAAAUGGUAUGACCUAACUUGAACAGGGUUUGUUCUGUAGGCUGGUGCCUCUGUGUACUUGAGUUCUAUAAAUGGAUUGGUUUCUGAAGGAGAUGUGUUGGCCUGGAGUUAGUUGUUUGUGUGUUUGGGUAUUCCAACAAAACUGAAAAAUCCAUUGAGCCUCUUCUGAAGCGCCUGCUCUAAGGUUUCUGAUUUUCAUUCGUCCGUUAGAGUAGAAUUGUUGCAACAUAUUUUAGAUAGACAAACAAAUAAAAUAUGCACUCAACUCAAAAUAUGUAUCUCAAAACUUACGAAGAUGGUUCACCUUCAAAAACCUACUACAAAAGAGCAUGCUUUAUCACCAUGCUUAAAAUAAAUUGCAAUAAUUCAACUCAAAAUAUAACUCAAAACUUACUAAGAAAUUUUACCCUCGGAUAACUACUACAAAGAAAAUGGAUCACCACCUUGAACCACCAGCACCUCCAAAGCCGGAUCUGUCAUCGGGUCGGCCCCAUUUCCGAGUUUCAGGACCGUCUCCUUGCGAUCGUUUAGGGGGCACAUACUUUCUACGUGCGGGUGGAGUGGCCACAGGCUCUGGGUGUGCAGGAGGGGCUUCCUCAUUCCUUCGAGAAGGGGGUACGUACCUUGAAGGGGCAACAGGAGGAGGGGCUUCCUCUUUCCUUUGGUUCUCAAUUUCUUCAAUCUUUCGCGCUUCUUCAAGCUUCCUGGCUUCCUCCUCAGCGUCACGCAGUUUCCUUUGCCUCUCCUCCUCAAGUCUCAGAUAAAAUAUCAUCUUUCUCCGGACCGUCCUAUCCUGUUUCCGUGCUUGAAUGAUGUUCAAUUUGUAUUGUCUCUCAUUUCUUAACCGGUUGAAUUCAGCUUCCCUUGGUCCCACAACUCUUUCCUGGUAUAUUCUCUUGUUCUCCAACAUGCGCUCAAGCCUGCUCUUCUCCUUAAGAUCACCUGCAUGGCGUUGUCUGCUCAACUCAAUCUCUUGCUGUUGCUCGCGUUCGUGAUGAGCAGCCUCUACCACUAUUCGCUGUUGAAAGGCAGCUUCUACAAGGGUUGCCGACUCUUCCCUUUUGGCUCUCUCCAAAUGAUCCUCCGUUUUAAAGAGUUCCAGUAACUUUUUCUCCUUUUCUUGACUCUCCCUCUGUUUCUGCAGAACUUGGUUCUUUUCUCUCUCCCUCUCUUCUUUUUCCUUCUCUUCUUUUUCCUUAAGCAAAUUCUGAUGCUUCCUCAACUGACGCUCAGUAGCAAGCUUCUUUUGGUCUGCCUCUUCAAUAAU